GUGACGCGGCGGAGCGGGGGAGGCGGAGGCGGGGGUCCGUCUCUCCCCUGCCGUGUCCCCUUUCUCGGCUCGGCAGACGCCAUGUUGGCUUGAGCCGAAGAUGACAGGGGUCGGCUGCGGGCGAGGAUCGCGUUGAGGACUGGCAGCUCCGGCUCGCAGCGGAGCGAAGCAGCGCGGCUUGCGGGGAGGUGGGGCGCCCGGAGCCGCCGGACGACGAGGCGAGGGAGGGCGGGCGCGCUGAACAGGCGGCGGCGAUGCGAACGGAGACCUGAGGCUGCGGGAGGCGUCCGCCGUUGAACGCCCCCCGGUCCCCGACGAGUGCUGUCGCUGCCAGAGUGCCACGGGGGAGGGCUUUCCCCUCCGGCCAUCCCUCAGGCAGCUCUCCCCGGCACGUCGCCCUGCCGGACCCUGUUGAAUGUCGCAUACCGCCUAGAGGGAAUCCGAAGCCCGGCGUCCUGCCCUCCGGCUGCGGGCCCACCCCGGCCCUCCCGUCUUCCUGCCCCGCCGCCGAGGGCAGGACCGAGGUUCUGCCUGCCUGCGCGACCGGGUCGCCUGCGCUGACUGAGGAGGUGACUUGGACGCACCAUUAUCCCGUGAAUCAUCCCCUCGUCAUUUGUAAAGACUUGGAGAGAAGGAAGAGGGAGAGAGGGGGGAAAAGCCCGCACGCAGCUCAUGUGGCGGUGUAGUCCUGCCUGGUCUACCUGGCACCGCUGGUGCUGCUGCUGCUGCCGCCGCUGCUGACAGGGAUCUGCUGCCAUCUCUGGUCUCCCGCUGGCUCCUCUGGUACAGCCUCGGCACCGCUUGUCCCUGGAUAUUUUCCUCCUCGGCCGGCCGUCUUCCGCUGCACAUCGGGCACCUCUUUUUCCUGGGAAACGUGGAAGUUACUGCCUUGGACACUUGACACUGGUUUUGCUUCGUGAAAAUCUCCGUCGGGCUCUUCUUGGUGCUGCUUUUUAAAAUUUUAAGUUGAUUUUAAGCCAUUUAGGGUAACAUCAAGAUGUCCAGCAGCGUUCCAGCUGAUAUGAUAAAUUUGCGCCUCAUCUUGGUAAGUGGGAAAACGAAAGAGUUCCUGUUCUCACCAAAUGACUCCGCUGCAGACAUCGCAAAACAUGUGUAUGACAACUGGCCCAUGGACUGGGAGGAAGAACAAGUCAGCAGUCCAAAUAUCUUGCGGCUUAUUUAUCAAGGGAGGUUUCUUCAUGGCAAUGUGACAUUAGGAGCAUUAAAACUUCCUUUUGGCAAAACAACAGUGAUGCAUUUGGUGGCUAGAGAAACAUUGCCAGAGCCAAACUCUCAAGGUCAAAGGAACCGUGAAAAAACUGGAGAAAGCAAUUGCUGUGUCAUCCUGUAAACCCUGUUAGCUUUACCUGCUAAGUGUGAUGUAAUAUAGUCUUUGUCUUUCAUGCUGCUGGAAUAGAAGAGGCCCUACCUUGCUUCAGACACCUGUAGGAAGAGCCUGUCUGUAAAUCCAUGGAACUGAAAUAUUAAACGAACACUGUCUCAUUAGUCAGAAAGAUCUAUGAACACUUUCAUUGGAUUUUAUUGUUCUGGUUUUGUUUUUUUGGCGUUUGUUUUUUUUUUAAUUCCUCCUUUUUGUUUGUUGAAUAAUUUUACAGUACAUUGAUUCUUGAAAGAACUCAUUCUCCAGAAAAGUUAAUGUGGUGAGUUUUGGUUGGUGUUUUUUUUUUUUCUCAUAGCAGGAGUCAUUUUGCUACCACAAAAAUCUCCAUUAACUGGAUCUAACCAGUCAAGCUUUCUAGAUGCAAUUUGCACUAAAUAUGGUUGACAGUGUAUUUCUCAUCAACGACCUCUAACAAUAUUUGAGACAUCUAAUAAUAACCUACAAUGUGUAAUGCAACACUGGAAAAAUAGUAUGAGUAAAACAAAUCUCACUUAUGGCCAAAUCAAAGGAAAAAACUGUUAAGUCAAUUCUACCUACGUCAACCUUGGUGGCCAAACUGGCACAGAAUACUAACUAAAGCAAGUCUAACUAUAUAUAUUUUCACUGCAACAAACAAGCAAGCAAGCAAACAGAAAAACUAUGUGCCUGUAAUUUAAAAGCACUCUGUAGAGGGCUGAUGAAACUGAUUUUUUUCGUUACUGCGUGCACUCUGACCUCGUACGUUAGUUGAGUGCUUAUUCAGACAGCACAAACAAGUGCAGAGAGUGCAUUUCCUAGCCUUAAUAUGGGAGGGGUAAUUUCCUGUAGUUCAUAGGCUUUUAUUAUUGUGCAUAAAUGUUAGAAAACAUCAUUUACUAAUCGAUUUUAUGUAUUUGAAUAUUGGCAAUUGGUGUUUUUCAGUCAUUUUCUCAUCUGUACCUUAGCAUCCAGUGUCAUGCUUCCUCAUUAGAGACUUCAAAAGAACUAUUAAAAGUUUAAACAAACAAAAAGAAAAAAACCUCUGCCAUAGUACUAGUUUUGUUUCUUUAUGCAGUCUGCAUUCGGUAUUAGUGCUUGCAAUUGUAUUAAAAUCAGAAGCUGAUUUUUAGAAGGCAUACAUAAUUAAAAAGGAUGCCAUUCUUUUAUUUCAUAUCAAUAAUUUAAACGUUGAUAUGGCGAAGAAAUUUGCACAGCACUAAAGCAUGAGCUAGUUUCAUCUAAACCUGUACAAAAUAAAAAAUAAAUAAUAAUAAUUAAAAAAAAAAACUUAAAAAAAAAAAAAUAAAAGAUUUUAUAUUUUUUUUUCACUGAGGAGGAAUUCUUCCUGGGUGAAAUUACAAAUACCUGUAGAAUAUAUUUAAUUAAAGAAAAAAAAAAUCUUAUAAAAUACAUAACUAUAGAAGUUAAAUAUAGAUUGGCGUGUAGUAUAGUAGAACAAUAUUCCAUAUAAAUAGCUUUAGCCUUUAAAAAGAAAGAAAAAUGAGUCACAGGUUGACAUUGUGUUCUGUACUUAAGUGUCCACAACUCUUACUGGUGUUCUGUGUAACCAUUUGGUUUGGUUUUGGUUUGGUUUUUCUUCCGAAUGAUUGGCAUCAUUGAAAUGUAAUCAGGUUAUUUUACUCAUUGUUACGGCUUUGAUGAAAUGCUUUAUAUGCGGUAGGUUUACAAACAAAUAUUGUUCAUACUGAUCAGAAUUAAAUUUGUAUAGAGCAGAGUUUUAAAAUGAAAUGUAAAUAGCACUAAACAUUUUCUUUCUGCAACCUGUACUGAUAGACUCUUCUGUAAACUAAAUAAAAGAAUAUUGUAGUGCA